UUCACUUUUAGACGACUUUUUUUUCCCCCGGCCAGUGUCCGUUAUACGACUAAUGGUUCAUGUAAAAUUAUAAAUUAAUGGGUCGCUAAAUAUUAAUAAUACCGCCCAUGUUUCAUACGUAAACCGUGUCCUUCUUCUAGACUUCUACUAUAUAGUCUAAGACAUAUACACCGUUAAAGGAGAGAUCAAAUACAUCACCAUCCAUUACCACAAUUAAUCCUCAGAUAUGGCAAAGCUCAUCCUCAUCAUCAUCUCCCAAAUCCUCCAUUUCGUUGCCCUUGUCUCCGCCGGAAAAGGAGAAAACUUUGCAAAGACCAUUAACAAAAAACACCUCGGCCUCCAUAAGGAGAAACUGACUCAUUUCCGUGUCUACUGGCACGACAUUCUGAGCGGCUCGAACCCUAGCUCGGUCGUGAUCAACCCUCCUAUCUCCAACUCUUCCUUCUUCGGAUCGGUGACUGUGAUCGAUAACCGAUUGACCACGGAGGUCGCGGUGAAUUCGACUCUAUUGGGUCAGGCGCAAGGGAUCUACGCUGCUACUGGUCAACGUGAUGUGUCUGCGCUUAUGGUGAUGAACUUUGCGUUCAAGACAGGCAAGUACAACGGAAGUACAAUCACGAUUCUUGGUCGGAACGCUGUGCUCACCAAGGUUAGGGAGAUGCCGGUGAUUGGAGGAAGUGGACUGUUCCGGUUCGCUAGAGGGUAUGUCGAGGCUCGGACCAUGUGGUUUGAUCAAAAGUCGGGAGAUGCUACUGUUGAGUACAGCUGUUAUGUUUUGCAUUAUUGAUGAAUGUGUCUCUCUUUUUCUAAUGUUUAGUUAAAAUAUUCUAUAUUGGCUUUUUGUCUGCUUAAAGUGAUGGAUGAUGAUUAAAUUGUGUUGAGAGAUAUUUAUGCCUUUUUGAUAGA